UGUCAACUGUAUACUUUUAUUUCGUCUUUACCUUGCAACUUCACUUAGAUUCACGCUGUUCUCAUUAUCAUAUCGUAUAAAAAGUGUUUUAUUAAAGAAAAUAAAUUAUAUAGUCAUCAUCAAUGAUAGAAUAAUAAAACAUCGAUUGUUAAAAAAAUUAUUCAAAUGAAAUUAUUGUUAUUAUGUUCAGAGUCAAACUGUAAAGUUACAGUUAAACUAACCAUUGAAAUAACCUAAACAAUGUCAAACUGUUUUGCUAUUCAGUGAUAAUUAAAAUCAACAAAAGAAUUUUGAUCUAAGCUGUGAUAUUAAACUUUCUCAUAAUCAUGGAAGAUCAAGCCUGUCCUCGUUGUAAAACAACAAAGUAUCGAAAUCCAUCUCUCAAAUUAAUGGUAAAUGUUUGUGGCCAUACACUUUGUGAAAGUUGCGUUGAUUUAUUGUUCUUAAAAGGCUCUGGUUCAUGUCCAGAAUGUCACACAGUAUUAAGAAGAGUAAAUUUUCGAAUACAGUUGUAUGAAGAUUCUAUGGUAGAAAAAGAAGUCAGUAUUCGAAAGAGAGUUUUACGUGAUUUUAAUAAAAAAGAGGAAGACUUUGGAACGUCAAGAGAAUAUGAUAAUUAUUUAGAGGAAAUUGAAAACAUUAUUUUUAAUCUUGUUAAUAAUAUAGAUAUUAUUGAAACAAAUAAAAAAAUAGAACAAUACAAGAGAGAGAAUAAAGAACAAAUACUUAGAAAUAAGUCAAAAUUAGGUAAAAAAGAAAGUGAAUUAGAAGAAUUGAUUGAGCUUGAAAAGAUGCAACAAGAAGAAAGGAAGCUAGAGCUUGCUAAGGAAGAACUUGAAUUGAAGAAGAAAAAGCUCAAAGAAAAAGAAGAUCUAAUCGAUGAAUUAAUGUUUUCAGAGGGUGAUGCAAGAAAUAUAGUCCAAACAUUUGCUUCAGCUAUCCAAGCUUCUAAAGAUAAUACCAAAGUAGCUCCUAAAGUUACAGGAUUUAGUACUGGAAUCAAAUUUGGACAACAAGGAAAUUCUAAUUUUCUUCCAGUUCCGAAAAUUGAUGAUGGCCCUGUAUAUAAGUAUGUUCCUAUUAUACAGGAAAUAGAAGGUCCUACUCCUCCUGCCAAGAGAGACCUUGUAAAAAAAGGAUAUAUCACUUUUGUUCGUGCUGUAACUGACGCAGAAAAGGCUGGAGGUUUUGCUACUAACUAUUCUUGUCUGAGAGCAUUGCAAGAAGCAAUGGCAGGUUUAUAUACUAAUCCAUCUAAAAAGUCAGAGGAAAUUUCAAUAGUUUAGU